AUGGAGGAAGCUAAACCUAAAGCUGGAAAAACAAACUCAAGAAGCUCAGAUGAUGGCGAAGCUGGGCUUGAAGAGGAAGAUGUUGAUGAGGCAAAAAGUAGAAGGGAAUCUACAGGGAAAGCAAACCCCGAAGGUGGCAAUGUGAAAGAUGAGCAAGAUAAGGGUCAUUAUACAGAGGAUCCGAAACCCAAGACUGGAAAUGCGAAAGAAGCUCAAGAAACACAAGGUCUCCAAUGCAGAAUUGGAGAUGUGGAAGAGAAACACAAACCUCAAAAUAUUGGGGUUCAACAACCCAGAGAUGCAGAUGUGGAAAAGGCAAAAAAAGCCGAGGGUAUAGAUAAUUUGCAAAAAAUAACACAUAAUAAUCCAGUUGUACAAGAUUCAAAAAACAGAACUGGAGAUGUUAUGGAACCGCAAACUAAAAGCGGAACUAUUAAAGAAACAAAACUCAAAAAUGAUGACACAGGAGAAGCUUCAAAUAGGGAUAGAUAUAUAGAUCAAAAAAAUAUAGAAGAGUCAAAAUCCGGGAAUGAAGAGGAAAGACACGGUGACUAUAUUCUUAAGUCUCUUAAAAAGGCAAAUUUGUAUGAUGACUCAAACUUGAACAUAACAAUGGCCUACCUACUGAUGAAUAAAUCCGAGGAAGCUAUUAAAUGGAUGAAAAAAGCAAAUAAAGAUAAAGAGUAUAUGCACAGCUCUCAAACAAGAUUGAUAUUAUAUAUUCUGUGCAACAAUUAUUUAGAGGAUAACUUAAAUGAUGACAGUGUAAGUAAACCAUUCUUUCACAAUUUGAGAGGUGAAGUACUUGAAUCCAAAAAGAUGCAUGGAGAUGUCGAGAACACAUUGGGAAAUGUACUACUUCAAAGAGGUGGGGUUAAAGAAGCAAUAGAAGUAUUGGAAAAAAGUUUAGAUGAUUCUUCGAUAAAAGACAGUAGCAAAAUAACACUUCUAUAUGAGGCAUAUAAAAAGGAUGGGAACGAGACAAAGCUUCAGGAAAUGUGUGACAAAUACCCAGAGAUCAAAAAGAUUGAGAACCUGGAGAAUCAGCUUAAAGAUUCUGAAGAGAAAAAUGCAAAAAGUGAAGAAAAGAUUCGUGAGCUUAAGGAUAAGGCUAAGAAAAAUGCCAAGGAGAAAUAUCAAUCUAAAAAGGACCUUGCUGAAUUGCAGAUGGAGAGAGAGGAAGAUUUAAGAAAAUUUCUGAGAAUAACCAAAGAGAGUCAACAAUAUGAAAAAAGCCUUGCUGAUUUGCAGAUGAAGAGAGAUGAAGAUUUAAGAAAAGUCGUUAGAAAUACUAAAGAGAGCCAGCAGUCUGAAAAGGACCUCAUUGAAUUGCAAUUGAGGAGUGAAAAAAAAGUUGAAGAACAAGCAGCAGAAAUUAAAAAACUUCAAGAAGCAAAACAAAAGGUUAAUCAAGACCACUAUGAAGCGAUUAAAGGAUAUAUGAGAAGUAUAAGCAGACAAUACAGUGAAUCCGUGGAACAAGGAGAGGAAGAGGGAGAACCUGUUACAGAGAUAUAAGUAGACUCAUGGAGUGCAAGAAAACAUGUCUACUUGGAAUCACAAAAUUUGACUUGUACAAAGUGAGAGACAAACAUUAACAAAAACAGUCCGUAAACAGACUUGUAGGGGAUCUUGCAAUCUAAUACACACUCAUCAUCAAAUAAACUGAACUGUUGCAGACUUAUGCUCGUAAUAUUUAGAAGGCUGUAUCAGAGGAUUGGUGCUUGCUAAGAGGAUAUUUCACUGGUCAGUAUCAAGCAAAGCUAGCAGCUGUAACCUUUGCAUCUAAGAUGGUGGACAAUAAUUGUUGAUUUGAUGAAAGGUCUGUGUCCAGUAAUACCUGGUGUACCGGAGGAAAAUAUAUAUAUACAGGGUAAUCAUUAAGAGCUGGGAAUU